AUGGCGUCCCUUCCACGUAAAGUAUGGCAGCAUCCGGCUCCAGAGUCGACCCAGAUGGGUCACUUUCAGCGAGACCUAGAGAAAUCCAUCGGACGCAAGUUCAACUCAUUCCAUGAUAUGUACCUGUAUUCAAUCAAGAACCGUUCAGCAUUCUGGGAAUUCUGUUGGAAAUACUUCCAAUUGAUUCACGAGGGAUCCUACACAAAAGUAGUCGAUGAAUCUGCUCGAAUGGACAGCGUGCCUGAAUGGUUCGCCGGUGUGCGUCUGAACUUCGCCGAGAACCUACUCUUCUCGCAUGUUGUUGGCGACAAAACAGGCAAAGAAGACGACAAAAUUGCCGUUAGCGAAGUCCGAGAAGGUGCUGCGCAUGAAGUCGUCCAUAUGACCUGGGGCGAGCUCCGACGACGGACCGGAAUUAUGGUUCAGGCUAUGAAGGCAAAUGGGGUCGUUCGGGGUGAUCGCAUUGCUCUCUGCGCGGCGAAUAGUAUAGAUACACUACUUGUGUUCCUAGCGUCGACAGCUCUGGGAGCUAUCUUCUCGUCUAGUUCCACAGAUAUGGGUACCAAGGGCGUUUUGGAUAGACUGGUGCAGAUCAAACCUCGCUGGCUGUUUAUGGACGACUUGGCGGUUUACAAUGGCAAGACCAUCGACUUGCGAUCGAAGAUUAAGGAAAUUGUUCAAGGCAUGGAGUCCGAGUCGGAAUUCGAAGGUGUCGUCUCACUACCUCGGUUCUCUUCGCGGCCGGCAGAUAUCAGUUCGAUCCCUAAGGUGAAGACUCUGGCGGAGUAUCUUGCAAAGGCAGACGGGAAUGAGAAACUCGAAUUCGAAAGAGUUAGGUUCCGCGAUCCGUUCUUGGUGGUCUACUCGUCUGGCACGACAGGACAGCCGAAGUGUAUCGUUCAUUCAGUUGGCGGCGUGCUUCUAAACACGAGCAAGGAGGGGAGUUUGUAUACUGAACUCGGGCCUGAUUGUGUCAAUUUGCAAUACACGACCACGGGAUGGAUUAUGUAUAUGUGCGCCGUGCAGAGUUUGCUUUUUGGGGUGCGGGUGGUGCUAUAUGAUGGAAGCCCAUUUAUUCCAAGUAUCACUGCUUUGCUUGACAUUUCAGCACAGGAGAAGGUCACCCACCUUGGAAUAUCACCCCGAUGGCUCCAUGAGUUGCAACAGGCUAAAAUCAAGCCCCGUGAGAAAUUUAACCUCAGCUCCUUACGGGUCGUCACAAGCACUGGCAUGGUCCUGCGGGAUGCAUUGUUUGAGUGGUUCUACGACGAAGGGUUCCCAUCUCAUACCCGUUUGAAUAAUAUUUCUGGCGGUACUGAUAUCGCAGGGUGCUUUGGAACCGGCAACCCUGUUGUCCCGCUAUAUGUUGGCGGGUGCAGUGGAGGCAGUCUAGAUGUAUGGACACACGGUGACUUCAUUUCAAUCCACCCAAUUACGAAACAGAUCGUGUUUCACGGGCGUGCUGAUGGGGUGCUCAACCCGUCAGGAGUGCGGUUCGGAUCAGCAGAGAUUUAUCGGGUACUGGAGGGCCAAUUUUCGAAAGAGAUUGGUGAUUCCAUAUGCGUAGGCCAGCGACGACCAAUGGAUACAGACGAGCGAGUGAUACUAUUUUUGCUCAUGAAGCCAGGGGUAUCUUUCACACCGGACCUUGUUACACGAGUGAAGAGUGCGAUCCGUUCAGAGCUCAGCCCCCGCCAUGUACCGAUGUUCAUAUUCGAGACCCCUGAAAUUCCGACCACGGUCAACUUGAAAAAGGUGGAGCUCCCUGUGAAGCAGAUUGUCUCGGGGAAAACCAUUAAGCCCUCGGGUACACUGCUCAAUCCGAAGAGCCUGGACUUCUACUAUCAGUUCGCCACAGUGGAAACUCUGCGGCAGAGUAAGCUCUGA